AUGUCAGCACGACCACGGAUUCGGCUUGAAGCCGAUGGGCUCCCAAGCAUCGACUUUGCCGUGAGAUCGCCCAACGUCGAUGACAGCUCUUCAGAGGAAGGGCACACAGGCUUGGUGCAUGCAGCAGCUGCGAUUGAGGCUGCCUCUCCCAGUGCGGCUCCAGACAUGUAUGUGCAUGAGGCCCAUGAGGCCCAUGAGGCCCAUGAGGCCCAGGUCAAUCCAACACAGAUGGAUCCCAGUGCUGAGACGCCGGAGAAGCCUCGGGUGCCCGGGUCACCUCCGCCUCUCGACAUCGAAGCCGGGCUUUCCGUUCAUGAAGCGCGGGGUGCUUCUCCGCUCAGUGGCCAUUUGCGAACCAUGCCUUCUCCGCUGCGGACUGGGCGGAGGUCACUUUCACCCAGGGAGGCUCGUGAUCGUGGAAUCCGCACAAGUGCAGCAGUCAUUCCAGAGAAUGAUCGCGACAUGAAUCUAGGAGAGUCGCGAAACUUUGUGGAAGACAGCCUGAUGGGUACAUCGCCUUGCACGGAGCAUUCCAUGGACUCUUUGGCAUCUUUUUUUCGUGACGGGCAUUACUUUGUACCUUUGCGGCUGUCAUCUGUCGACGAACCGUUGGCAGAGCCGGUCCGGCACCAUCGAGAGCAUCUCAGCGAACGGAACCAUGAUGUCACCAUUGAAAGCUCUGAGCAUAGGACGCCAUGCGUAGCUUCCUGGCCAUGCCCCUUGACUUGUGGAGGCCCUGGCAGUCUGAUGCAUAGUGGAUCAGGGCGAGGCACUUCGGUCCCUGCAUUGCCCAGCGCAGUGGGUAUGCCUGAGCUUUUAGUGCGGCAGAGAGAGGCCGAGCCAUCAGUGGCCCCAGCUUUACAGGAGCUGCACGAGAUGAGGUCCACCCGGGUUGGAGUGCCACGUGUUCCUGGGCCAACAGAAUCAGUUGAUCUGCCCGGGUAUGAGAGGAGGCAGGCGUAUCCCCGAAAUAUGCCAUAUCCAAGCAGAGCCCCUGUCCUGGCAGAUGCGGUCCAAAGCGCAGCUGCUCCGUCAGUGCGGCAUUUGCCAAGUUCGGCUUUCACUGCUGGUGAUGCAAGGGUGCAAGAAGAGCUUAGUGCCCCUCUACCAAAUCCUAGUCGACCCAAUGACACGCCAGCUUAUGCGAGAACUACAGGAGUGCCACCUGCGACCACAGAGAACACUGGUUUGGCAGCUGAGGGACCUGGCAGGCGGCUUGGGGAGGGAUUGCCGGACUUGCGCACUUCAGGUCCCAUGCCCUCCACGUCGCAGCUACCCUCUCACAGCAACGGCGCUGGGGGUAUGCUGUCUGUAAGCAUGGCCCCCACACCAGCACCCAGCUGGGGGUUCACUGCAACCGCAGGACACUUGCCUUCUGGGCCUCCACCAGCGACCAGGGCUCCAGUGCCUUGUGGCAUUGCCCAGUUGGCUCAAGCCCCACCAGCAGCGCCUGGCCUGCUACCUGGCCCAGUACAUGCGCCCUGUCUCACGCCCAACACGUACACAAGUUCAGGCCAUGCAGUUCCGUUCCAACGAGACUUUGCAGGAGUGGGAGUCGCACCACCGCCACAGCCCGCACAAACUGCUGUGCCUGCGCCAGUAAGAGCUUGGGGAACUCAGGGGCCAAUGGCCGCAGUGCAAGCACCUUGGCCAAUGCAGGGCACUAUGGCAGGUCAGCCGGCUGUGGCGCCGGUCCCGGUUCAACCAGUCCGAGCCGAAGUCUGCACAGCCGGUCGCAUGCCAGCUCCAGUUGGAGAUGCCUUGCCGGCAUGCGGACAGGGUGCGGCCGGGGUGCCCAAUGAACCUGAGCAUCCAAAGCCCAGAGAGUCAGCCCAAGCGACAGCAAGCCAGGAGGCACCGAUGUUUGGACGCGGAGAGGGGCCGAAGUCCAGUGGUCCAAUUCCGGCUUCCGCUCCAGAGCAGAGCCAGCAGAGCCAGCAGGGCCAGCAGGGCCAGCAGGGCAUGGAGAGUCAGCAGAGCCAGGCGGGCUUGGAGCCUGAGCCGGGAAAGCCGGCGCAGCCCAUACCUGAGGCACCAACUUUCUCUGCUCCAAGCCCAGCCCCUGCUUCCCCCACUGCGCGCUCACCCUCUUUCGCUGCGGGCGUCCCUGACAUGUCAAGCCUCGUCCAAGACGGACUCCCUGACAUGAGCACGCCUCCUCCGCCAGAUAUGAUCGAGAAGGGGCAGCAGACUACGCCAGACAAGAAAAUUGACGCCCAGAGUAGGAGGAGGAAGCGUGCUGCACUAGAGAAGACUCGACUUACCAAAGAGGGUCGAUUUGCGCUUGUCACUGUCGGCAUGGAUAAGCUCAAGUGCCUGAACCAGCCGGGCCGACCGCGCCGACAUCAGAUUCGUGUUCUUGAACACUGGCGCAAUGAGCGUGUGCUCUAUGAGAGGGUGCGUGGGUCGACGAUGCCGACAGUGUGCGGAGUUGUCGUGGCGCAGCCAUGCGAGGAAGGAGAUGUCAAGGAUGCUUCACCGGAGCGAGUCCCAAUCGAGCUCACAGCCAAGUUUGGAGACGUGUUCAGUCCCUGCAGCAGCAGAAAGUCUGACAUGUCAUUCCAGUCUGGCGGGCUCGAGGACGAUGCUGAAGCCAAGUUUGUCAAAGCAAGACGCCACCGGCACCGGCCUCCUUCUGUGGAGCGGGCUGCCAGAGCAGCAAGUGCGGCGGCAGCUUCUGCCUUGGCUGCAGGUGCACCCGACAGGGCUUUACCAAGGAGAACGCCCACAGGCUUCGUCGAAGUCCCAGCAGCAGCAGGUUCCACGCAUGCAUGUGGGAUCAGAGUUGGACUGGAAAAUGGGAAGUGGAUGUGUUGUGAUAUCCGCAUCCCUCCGCGCUCUUUCAAUACUCCAGAGGAGCUCGCGGCAAGCAGAUCUCUCCUCAUCUAUGUCACUUCGUGCGAGCCUGGAGCCCUCACGGCAGCGAUCGACACGAACAUCAUUGAGCUCUCCUCAGGGCACUCCCUUGUGAUUCGGGCAGGGCAAGAGUACUGCUUGCGGAACUCAUCUGCUGCAACAACGGCCCAGCUCAAGAUGGUGUUGAUCAAUCAAACCAUGCCGUCAUGA